CCAAGCCCACCACGUUUUCUCGACGCCACCCGCGCACUCCUAUUAGGGUUCGGCAUCUCUCCCCGUCUAUAUAUACCUUCUGCCGCCGCCAUCCUGACCCUGUUCCCCACCCAUAUCGUGAACCCGCCGCCGACGCAGCAGCAGGAGACGCGCCAAGGAGAGCCCGCAAGGAGGCGACUAUGAGGGCCAAGUGGAAGAAGAAGCGCAUGAGGAGGCUGAAGAGGAAGCGCCGAAAGAUGAGGCAGAGAUCCAAGUAGGCUGAUGGGGAUUGUGGAUGGUGGUGUCGGCAUAGUUGUGUUACGUUUCUUCGAUGCGUGAGUUCAUGGAGAGAUGUCACAUCCUAGUUCGUCGUCACCGUUUGCCAUGGGUCCAAUGGCUCGUCUUGGAAACCUGCACUUCAGUAGGCCAUCUAUCGUGGUUUCUAGCUAUAUCCAGAGUUUUGUGCUAAGACAAAUCAGUCAGUCGUUUUGUGAACCUAUUAUGAUGGAGCUUUAUUUGCUGCUAAUAUCGACCUACCUGUUAAGUAAUUGCAACGUUCGUCUAUGCUGUGCUUGUUUGUGAUACCUGUUAAGUAAUUAUCAGAGAAACAACGGCCAGCACUCGAGCUGUGCUGAAGAGCACACUGAUUGGUGUGCUUCAGUGGAGUGGAGCUUGUCAUGCUGUCUGCUUCUGAAGAUGACCAACGUAGAAUAUGCAGCUCGGUGCCUUGCGUUGGACGAAGCCGACACCUAACAUCGUGUCUCAUUGUAGUAAUUCCAUUGGUUUUAUGACGUUCUCUGAUGCUAAUAGGUUGGGUUUCCCUUGGUACUUCGACGUUCUCUGGCACUCAAUAAGCCUUUUUUCUUGUUUGGUUUGUGAAACACAUUCUUUGGUUUGCGAAACGCAGUGCAUUGAUGUAUUUUGUUUGGUUUAUGAAAUAUAAUACAUCGAUGUAUCGUUAUUUUAUUUCUCAUAAGCUAAUGAUUAAUUAGUAUAGACUGGUGUAUCGUCAUUAUAUUUCUCAUAAGAUAAUUAUUAGUAUUGAUAUUAGGAAUAAAUUUAUCUUAUUAAAUUUAAGGAAUAAACUUACCUUAUCUAAAUUAGGGUGUGUUUGGUUUGACUUUUGGCUUUGAUUUUUACCUCCUAAAAGUCGAAAGCGAAACCAAAGGGUCAGAUUCAGAAAGCAGUUUUUUCUAAAAGCCGACUUUCUCGCAGUGCAAAACUGAAAGCAUCUUGGAUCUGCUUUUAGUGACUUUCGGAUAGAACUAUGAAAACAUAUAUUGAAGAACUUUUAAUGACUUUUAGUAGUUUCGACCAAACAAUUUUUAAUUUUUUAACAGCCCACAGCCCACAACAGCUUUUUUCAUAGCUCACAUCCCACAACAGCUUUUUCCACGGCCACAACCCAACCAAACAGACUUUUAGUAUUGUCAUUAUCAAACCACACCCUUCAGAGCAACUCUAAGACUCUAAUCUCUAUCUUCCAACUACUCUCUAAAGUAGAAACAAGAUAUAAAACUCUUGUAAAUUCGAAAGGUAUAGAGAGUGGUUCUAGGUAAGAUAUAAAAAACUGUUGGAAAUUGGAAAGAUGUAGAAAGUGGUUUUUAGAUAAAACUACUCUUAAAAUGAUAAUUUUAAGAAUGAAAUUUAGAGACACUCUAGGAGAUGUUUUUAAUUCUCGGUUUUUUUACAUUACAUAAAAAUCGCUUAACCUCGUCUAAUUGGACUAGCCAACCACAGGAAAUGCACAAUCUACGGUCCGUUUCAAAGCCCAACGCGAAGCUCUAUUUGGGCCUUCCGUUUACGCCCAACCGACAAUGCGAAGCCUUAUUUGGCCCAACCGAAGGCCCAACGCGGUCAGCUGAUGUCUCUUUGACUCUUUCCACCACACGACCACACUGCUCGUGCUCUCUCGAUGCGGUCACCAGUCGAAUGGACGGCGCGGAUAUCCCCUCCCACUCCGCCGCCGAUGGCGACCGGCCUCCGGAGAACGCGGACGACGGCGGCGUGGAGGACGAGCGUGCCGCCGCGCCCCCUCCGGAGCGGUGCGGGGCGUUGGCUUCCGCAAUCGCAGGGGUGCUGGCCGGCGCGCUGCGGGAGCACGAGGAGCGGGCGGCCGCCACCGCCCGGAGCCAGGACGAGGUCGCCGCUGCCAUCGACCGCCUCAACGGAGAGCUAGACAGGCUAUUAGAGAAUGCACCCACAAUGGUAAUAAUGCAUCAUUCAGCAAGGAUUUCCAGCAUCCGCAAGAGGAUUUCAGCAAUGAACAUGCUGCUCAAGUCCAUACAACGACGCAUAGAUAGCAUGGAUAGAAUUAUUUCUACUGACCAUUCAUCUCCUGUACAGAAAGCCGGUAAUGAAGUUGGAACAAGGUUCUAGCAGAAUUCUGGUGGUGUCCCAUCAAUUGCGCACCAUUUCUGUUUUGGUAGAGCUGCCAUCCAACAAUCACACGGUGCUGUGCAUAGAAGUGAGACGUCAUAAUGUCGAUUUUUUCCCCAGAGAUGUGUCAUCAAAAUAUUUCAAUCCUUUUUGUAGCAUAUUGGAGUGGGGAAAGUCUUUUGUACUGGAUGGUCAAUGUUGCAGACAACGAAUCGUGCUUUCAGCUUUGGCGUUUACCCUUGUAUUCAAACAUGAAAUUGUCUUCAGAAAUAUUAUCAUAUUGUCACUGUUGAGCGGUUUUGAUGUAUACUUGCUUGUUGAAGAUGGCAACAUCUGGAAUUCGUGUUGUUAUAUUUUAUCA